AUUGAAACGACAAUGGUGACAUGUUUUAAAAGAAUUAUUAACUUUGAAACCUCUGAAAAAGAUUAUCGCGCUUUAAUACAAUACAAAUUCUCAUAUACUUAAUGGACAACCUUGGAUUAUCUCAAGUUACGUAAUUUUUUAAAAACUUUGUUUGAAAACGUUAUUUUAGAUUGUAUAUCAUUAUUUUAAAAAUGUUCAUUUCAUUCAUUUUUUUUAAAAACAUACGUUACAAAUAACUGUUUCGUCUUAUUUGAAAAUCUUGUUUGAAUACGUGAUUUUAUAUUACAUAUAUCUUUUUCUUCAUUACGGUGAUACUGUAGUAUCGUUUUUCGUUGCUAUUGUAACAUUGUAACUGCGUAUACUAACGUUGCUAUUGUAGCAUCGUUAUUACUUUUUUGUUCAAAGUGUUAUUUUAUUAUGAUUGUAUUUUUAAUACUCAUGCAUUAUUAGCAUUUACUAAAAAUUACAAAAAUAUUUUUGCCGAGAAUGUAAAACACUGUUUUAAAAUAAUUUUGAGACGCAAAAUCAGAAGUUGUUUACAUAUUGUAUAAUAAACUUCAACUCUAUUUUUUUGUGAUGAAUUUUUAGUUAUUGUUGUUGUUAUUGAUGGUAAAACUAUACAUAUAUGCUAUCAUUGUUAAAGCGCUACACAGCUAUAAAUUUUACAUAUACUUUUUUUUACUUGAGACUUUUAUUACUCUUUUAUCUGUUUAUCCUGUUAUGCUUAAAAAGCAUUUGUAGACAAUAACUGAAGAUCCUCUUUAUAUGAACUGUUUCCAGUAUUUUGCUAAUUGUCUUGGAAGAAAAGGUAGAUUUUACAGAAUGAAAACUACACAAUUGAUAAAAAACAGAUCUCAUUUUUGGAUUUAAGAUCUUUAAACUAAAAUUAAUUAUUCAAAGUAUCAUUGUUACCACUACUUUAAUACAAAAAAAAAUAAUUGUGUAAAUUUGUCUGAGUUGUUAAUACUUAUAUUAUUAAUUAAAUUUUUUAUGUUUGUCUAUAAAAUUUGAUGAAAAUACAGAAAAUUAAAAAAAAAAAUGUCAAACAGUAAAAAUUACGUAUACUGUUUUCUUUUGAUUGGCUUUCUUGAAAGCAUCACAACACAGUAUCUUUACCCAGCGCAAAAAUCGUUAACGCGUUAUUCUUACACCAUUUAUAGAGGUAAAAAAGUAAAUGGAACAACAAAUGUGGUCGAAACAUACGUUGAAGAUAAAGAUUGCGUAUCGGCUUGCUAUAAUAAUAAUAAAGAAUGCAAAUCAAUUGAAGUAAAUAUUGGUGAUAAAAAUAUAUCAAAAUGUAGAUUUUUCAACAAUGAUACACCCAACACCAUUCAAGCUGACGGAUUCAUAUAUAUUUCUACUAAACUGCCAAACUGUUCUCUCAGUUGCAAUUUGACACCAAACCCUUGUGGGAAAUGUAAAUGCUACCCAUCAUGUGCAGGAAGAAAUCGACGAGAGUAUGUAUGCAAUUGUACAUUAGCUGCAGGACCAGCAAAUAGUUGUCAAGAACAUUACGAUAACGGUUUCACAAUAACUGGAAUUUUUCAAAUUAGUCUUAAUGGCGCAAAAUUUAAGACUGUAUGUGAAAUGAAAAAAUUUGAGUUUCAAAAUCCGGAAGGUAUUGUUGUUAGAUAUAUCAAUGAGCGUGUGUUGAUAAAAAAUAACUUGGUUGCAACCUUUCCAUUGUUGAAAACAACAUAUUCCGUUUCUUUUUUGUUUAAGCCAAGUUUUCUUCCUACUGUAGACACAAAUAUUGUUCAUUUGACUAAUAAAAAUAGUUUUUCAAAUUAUGGGGAAAGAAUCCCUGGUGUUUGGUUUUUUACAUCAGGAAUUAUAUUUGUUUCUUCUGCAGUCAAUGGAGAUGGUGAUUACAAAUUUAUGACUAAUCCAAUACCAUUAAAUGUGUGGUCAAGUAUACAAGUAUCCCAAACUGAAACUAAUGGAAUUUAUUUAUACUCAAUAUAUUUAAAUGGAACAAAUAUUUUUAAGAUUGUAAACUCAAAGACACAAGUAUUUACAAAUGUCUUCGUUUACAAUGGAGACCCAGAGUAUGGUUUGGAUUUAUCGUGUGGAUUUAUUAAAGAUUUCAUUGUAAUUAAUGGAAACGAAUACCCAUGGUACAAUCCACAAAUUGGUUUCAUUAAUAUUGUUAAAAAUAUAAGUAAAACUAAUGGAGUGUGGAUUCCAAUGAUGACUCGUUUUGCCGAUUGGGAAUUAAGUUUUUGGAAUAGAAGUUUUGAAGAUUAUGAAAAUGGCUUUGGUCUGGUAAAUCAACAAUGGAUUGGUUUAAAAAAAAUUAAUCAAAUUACAAGCACUUUUUUUACAGACAUGAGGGUCGAUUAUUUUCUCAGAAAAGAUUUAGCGUUUACUACAAUGUACUAUAAUGUCCUUGUUGAUUCAAGUGAUACCAACUACAUGUUUAGCUAUGAAAAGUAUGAUCCAAGAGAUUCAUUGGAACCAGAUUUAUUUAACGCGAAUUUCACUACAUUCAAAAGUUGCAGUAAUUGGUGGACCACUAGUUGCAAUCAAAAUAUGACUCCUACCGCAUCUAACUACAUUUCAUAUGGAUCAACAGAAAAUUUACUUUCUAUACAAUUUUUUUUGCGUACAAAUGAAUACAAAGACUGAAAAUAUUAAUUUACGUUUUAGCUAAUGUGUUAUUGAAUGGCUUUUAACAAACGAAUUUCCAAUGCUAUUGCGUAAAAAGUAUGAAAAAAACCUUGAACUGCUUAAUGAUUUAUUACACUUUUGUAUAGUUCGUAUUUUUUAUUCAGUUAAUUUGCUUUAAAUGAAAAUAGGUAGAAUAAAUUGGCAAAGUUAUAUUAUCUGAAGUUCACUUAUCUGUUAAUUAAAACACUUUUUACUUAACACUAAUUUAAACUAAUUAUUGUUAAAUUUUAAUUCUUAUAUUAAGAUUAACCCUCUACCCCGCCUCCUUUUCACGCUCAGGAAACAGCAUGGUUAGAAGAAACAAAACUUUAUACACAUGUUGACAAGUAUAUAAUGCAAAAUAAAAUAUUCUUUACGUAUUUUUUGAUAAUUGACUUUUUGCGUAUAAAACAGUUUGAAUUAUCAAGAAAAUGUUAUUUGUUUUAACGAAUUUUGAAUACAACACGAUAUAAUAGAGCAAAGUCUCGAUGGUUUAUUUUAUUUUGCUUUGAGGAUUGGGUCUUAGCAGCUGCCCAUAUUUUAAAUAUUUUAAAUUAAAAUUUGGCAUCGCAUCUAUCUAGAGAACCACUGUACAAAACCAAUAAGUGAGAUUCAUAUUCUAUCCAUCAAACUCAACCCAUAUUAUCCAACCGCUUGAUAUGGCAAUUUUCAACCAAUAAAAUUAAAAUGGCGGUAAGUUGCAAAAGAGUGGAAAAUGAGUCCAGGAAAAUAUGGAGCAAUUUUUCCAAAAAAAAGUUUGCCAUGUUGUUAAAAAAGUUGUGCUAUUUUUUAGGAGGAAAAAAUAAUGCUGCUGGUUAUUUGAAAAGCAGGAUUUCUCCUUUAAACAGAAAUAAUACAAAAUUAAUGCUCCCAGAAACAAUUUUAAAAACAAAAGCCAGAAAAUUAAAGCUCAACAUUAAAGUGAUUCAACUGACAGCAGCUUCAAAAAACUAUUUUAGAAUAUGAAAUUAGAUUUUACCUCUGCUCCUAACAGAAUAGUAAAAAACAAAUUUUCCUUAGAAAAGUAAAGACCUUUUAGGCAUUAAUAAAAAUGUGGAAACGCAAACUUCAACUGCCAAUGUUGUUAGCAAUAAUACAUAUGUCAGACAUUGUUAAAAAAAUCUCGUAAAAUUAAAAAAAAAGUUGGUUCAUUGUUUGAAGAUCUUGAUUACCAGUGUGUUUGGUAGAUCUAAUUUUUUCUAACUCAAAAGAAGAAACUAACUUUGAUAUCGUUCCUAUCAAAAUCGUUACUUUCAUAUCUAUCAGCAAUAUAAUUUUCCAGAAAACAAACGUCUGCUUAUUACUGUUAGAAACCAUUUUCAAAAGAUUUAGUCUAACGCCAAAACUCAUUAUUCUC